AUGUACAGCGAUGACUCAGUUGCAUCCGAGGUGGAGUCUGAGGUUGAGAAUGUCUACGGCGAUGGCGGCAGUGUAGUUGCUAGCAAAAUUGCCGAGAGUGGUGAUGUCCUCAAGCCAUCACCGGUGUUGAAGCAGCAGCCCAAGCGUAGCAAACCUGCAAUCUAUGACGCGUACGAGGCAAACGAUGAUGACUACAGUGCCGAAGACUUCGAAGACGAUUUUGAAGAGGACGAAGUCGAAAUUUCUGCCAUCCAUCCCGUCCAGGCAUCGUCGCCCACUCGCUCAGUCACAAGCAACACUCGCCGCUCGGUAGUAGUUUCUGAUGGCGUGUCGGGAUACGACUACGAGUAUGGUGAAACCUCUUUCGAAGAAGAAAGUCGUCGCUCGCAGAGUCAGCGCAGCUUGAGGCAAAGUAAUCGCGUCGUGGAUCUCUCAGUUUUUACAAGACCCACUUCGCAAGUGCUCGCAUCGGUUGCGGUAGAAGAAGCUGAGGCUAUUGCUGCCAUGCAGAGCAAGCAAUUUUCGUUGCUUUUACGUAAAAUGGAGAGUAAGUUCGAGGACGAGAUCGAUAAUCUACGCGAGAAGAAUGCUUUGCUCACAUGGAAGGAGCGCGAGCUGAAGGCGUCACUGCGGCGAGCGAAGGAGGAGCUCACGAUGCGCAAGGCACGCAUCGAGAAAAAGCGUCGGCGUGCAGCUGACAGGCGGCGGGAACACGAGCGAGCAGCAGAACGUGUGCAGCAGGAGCUCGUGGCUGCUCAGUCUUUCAUCGUGGAGCGAGAUCGUCGAAUCGAGAAACUGCAACUCGACCUUGUCGAAUUGCGAGGAGUACUUCAGAACGUGGAGCGAGAGAAGCAUGAGGCGGGGGAGCGCAACAUUUCACUUGCUGAAAAGCUUCAAGCAGCACUUGGAGACUUUCAUCAGCUCACAUGCAGCUUCGAACACGCAGUCAACGCCAAACUGGCCUGCGAGCAGCGUAUCGAAGAACUGAAAGGGAUGCAUCGAGUACAACUUGAAGUGAUAGAGCAUAAAUGUCAAGUCGAUGUGGACGCUGCUCGUCGAGCACAUGCCGAUGAGGUUGCAGCGCGCGUAACUGAACGACAAACGCUACCAGAAGCUCACAAACGUGUCGUGGAGGCGGAGAAAGAGCGCUAUGAGAUGCUGGAGACUGCCUUGAACAAUCAGAUUCAUGAGCUGGAGUCUCGUACAGCCCAGGAUACUUUGGCACACGCUGCGGAACUUGCACGGGCUAUUGAAGCUAAGCACCGGGCUGAACAGCGGGCAGACAGACGGAUACAAGAUGAGGUAGACCGGAUUGCACGCGAGCGCGAAGCUGUAGAUGAGCAACGACGCGAGCUGUUGGUAUCAAUGGCUCGCACAAAUGCUCGCUUCGACGAGGAACGAGGCAAAAUGGAGGCACGGAGUUGCGAGCUGGACGCGCGGCGGCGUGAGCUCGCAGGCGAGCGCGCUGAGCUCGAGGCUCGUAUCGGAUACAUUGAGCAACGCAUACGACGUCUGGAAGAAGAUGAGGCGCUCGUCGAGAGGCGCCGCACAGAGCUAGCCGCUGUCGGGCGAAAAACGUUGGUGGAGUCGCACGCUCUCGCCCGACGUGUGCAGGACAGCGUGCAAUGA